AUGUCCUAUCGAUCAACUUUGCCAACGUGGUAUGUCAAUCCAUUGCUCAAUCAUGGUUUAAAUAUUUGUACAAUGUGCGGUUCACAAUCUUUCGUGGAUAUUCGCAUACCGAUUUGUCCUCAAUGUGAUGGAAUUAUCGCAGAUUCUCCACGAAAUGCUCGUUAUGAACAUCUCUGUACGAAUUGUAGUCGAAGAUGUACAAUAUGCAGGUGUGCUUAUCCUUCAUCGAAUCUCUUCCUGUCACCUUCUUCGGAAUCUUUAAAUUCUUCAUCAUGUUCAUGUUAUGAUCAUGUACCAGACUGUUGCUAUUGCUACUGCUGCAGUUAUUUCUGUACUCUUAAUCGAAAUAAUUGUCGUUGUUGUUGUUGUUCGAGAUGCGACUGA